CAGGUCAGAGAUGAAUGACACAAAAUGGGGAGGUCAGGUAGUUGACCCAAGACCCGCUCUCUCUCAACAUCAUGAUGACCUUUCACCUCUCUAAGAUAUUUGCGUGCAUCGUUUUUAUCCUGUCUAUAACAAAGGCAUAUAAGACGGAGGACCCUAACCCUGGAAGCAACCUGGAGAGGGAAUUUAAGGCGCUGUCCAUGGAUCUGCUGCACACCGUCAGGAGAACCGAUUUCAGAUGCCCCACUGUGUGCACGACCAUACUCACCAGCACCUGCCAAGGCGAGUGCGAGCGCCGUGGUCUACCGUCGCUUCCUUGCCGUCUGUUCUGCUAUUCGUCUCAAGUCACCUGCUGUCAGUGCCCCGAGUUCUGCCACUUUCCGUUCCAAGACUGUUACGCGAGGUGCCUGCUUCAAGACACUGCUUGUAAGGACAGAUGCAUUCAAGCUGUCCAGUCUUGCUGCUCCUCCUCUGGGAAGUAGAUUAUAGAAAA